CUUUAAAACCAUACCUCACAACACAAACUAAAGCUCCUCUCUCAUAUUCACUAAACAAAGUUGGAGACUCAAAACCCAAACCCACACUACCAAACACUUUCUUCAGUUCAAUCUUCCCUUCUCUUCUCAAACUCAAACCCUUCUCUCUCUCACACAAUUUCCAAUCCAUUUAAACCAAAAAAAAGAAAAAAAAAAAACACACCAAACCAACACCAAGUGAAAAGGCCAUACCUUGAAAAUUCUUCUUGGAAUCCACAAUUUCCUUUCCGGAUUAUCGGGUUCCGGAUCUGCCACCCAUUUCACCAACACCCCUUCCACCUUUUCUUGGUUACCCCGUUAAACCCCCUCUUAACUUUCUAUAAAACCCACCACCAAGAAAAAAUAUAAUCAAACUCCAAAAAUAGAAGAAAAGAGAAAGAACCCUGUUUUUAAAAUCUCUUCCCACUGUCUAAAACAUUGAGAAACACGUCUUUUAUAUACAUAGUGAACCCUAAAGACAAAAAGUCUUAAUUUACACACAUACACAUUCAAGUAAUAGAGAGGGCCGGGAAGAAGAAGUUGCUUUGCGUGUUUGCGUUUUUAAAUAUGGCAGGUAAUCAACAACAGGAAGCCGGGUUAGGUGAUGAUUUCUUUGAACAGAUCCUGGCAGUACCACCAGGCUAUGGUGGUGGUGCCACCUUGCCUAUGGGGUUGCAGUUAGGUUCAAGUGGUGGUGCAACUGGCGCCAGUGGUGGCGAUAGUGGUGGUGGUGGGUUUAGAGGAAUAGGCAUGAUGCCUUUAGGGUUGAAUUUGGAACAUGGAUUCUUAAGACAUGAAGAUGGAGUUGUAGUUGACAACAACAACAACAAUGCUUCUUGUUCAGCUGCUUCUGCUGUUUCUGGAAUCAGUGAGAGAGAUUCUAUGCAUAUGGUAAGCUUGUUUCCACCUUUUGGACAAAUGCAAACUCAGCAAAUCCGCGCUUCACCGCCACCUCCUCAGCCUCCACCGCAGCUCCACCAGCCAUUUCACAGCCAGCCAACAUCAGGUCCAGUUGCUGCUGCACCGCACCCACCUGCCGUCCGUCCAAGGGUACGGGCUAGGCGAGGACAGGCAACGGAUCCCCACAGUAUUGCUGAGCGGUUGCGUAGAGAAAGAAUAGCUGAAAGAAUGAAGGCUUUGCAAGAGUUGGUUCCUAGCUGCAAUAAGACGGAUAGGGCCGCUAUGCUUGAUGAAAUUGUGGAUUAUGUGAAGUUUCUUAGACUUCAAGUUAAGGUUCUGAGCAUGAGCAGACUCGGUGCAGCAGGUGCGGUGGCUCAGCUUGUUGCCGAUGUACCCCUACUAUCCGUUGAGGGUGAUGGUGCAGGAGGUGGAACCCAGCCUGCUUGGGAGAAAUGGUCAAACGAUGGCACUGAACAGCAAGUCGCUAAGCUGAUGGAAGAAGACAUCGGAGCUGCCAUGCAGUUUCUUCAGUCCAAGGCACUUUGCAUCGUGCCGAUAUCACUGGCAUCUGCGAUCUUCCCUGCACAUCAACCUGAUGCACCAACAAUCGUCAAACCCGAAUCAAACACUCCUUCGUAAAGAUAAAAAAACAACAUUAUGACCCGCCAAGAACUCACUCCUAGCUCACUCGCAAUGGCUUUUUAGUGCUUCGAUCCAAACUCUAACUCCGACCAGCAGCUUCAAUCAAGUCAGUGCAACUUUUCCAUCCUUGUCUUUUCCAGUAAGAAAAAAAAAACAUGGAAAGUUAUUUUGAUGUGUACCCCAUAGGCAUGGUGUAAGUCAAGGGAAAACAAAUUCCAAAGGUCCAUUGAUGUGUCUUCAUCUUUCUAAUAUGUAAGUGGAGGAUGACCAAAAAAAUAAUGGUGGUAGGAACUCGCUUUCUUUCUUUCUUUUUCCUUUUUUUUUUCCUUGGAUAAUGGGAAGUGGGACCAUUGAAAAUGGAUGGAUAGGUAUCUCCAUGAUGUAUUUGAAGAAAGUUUUAGUGCAACUUGACCUUUUACAUA